UAUGUCAAUUUACCAGUUACAUUUGUGUAUUAAACAGAGUUACAGAAUGCAGACUUACAAUCGUUGAUGGUUGUUUUCUUCCAUCAAUCCACUUAUUCAUAUUGACUACCACACCGUAGGAAAGAAAAUAUUUUUUCCGUUUAUGUUGUUAAUUUGACAACAGGGCUCUUAAUUCGUGAAAAAGAACGAUUUUUUUGUGUAAUGGCGAGGGAAGACAAGGAUAAUAUGUCCGAAACAACUUUAGAGCCAACAGAUGACGAAAAUCUCAAGUCGUGUUGGGUUUGUUUUGCCACCGAACAUGAUGAUAAACUGGCUGCUUGGGUUCAACCUUGCAAGUGUAUUGGUACAACAAAAUGGGUUCACCAAAGUUGUCUCCAGCGGUGGGUAGAUGAAAAACAGAGAGGCAAUAUUAGUAGGAAAGUUCUCUGCCCACAAUGCAAAGUAGAAUACAUAGUAGUAUUCCCAUCUAUGGGAACAUUUGUGAUUUUGCUGGAUGCUAUAGAAGAUAUAACACGCAGAAUCAGUCCAUUUAUUCUUGGGGGUGUGUUGCUAGGAUCUAUUUACUGGAUUGCUAUUACAUAUGGUGCAGUGACUGUUAUGCAGGUUGUCGGCCAUAGGGAGGGUCUGGAAAUGAUGGAGUCGGCUGACCCCCUGGUACUGCUGGUGCUGUUGCCGACGAUUCCUGUUACCCUCAUAGGCGCCAAGAUGUACAACUGGGAAGACUCUGUGUUAUUCUUCCUCAGGAAGUACUGUGCUAAGAUACCGGCGCUGUCAUAUGUAUUACCCUUCGGCCAUGUUGAUGAAGAGCGCGCAAUUGUCUCCGGGCCAAGUCCGAACAAUGGAUCACAAAACUCAACUUCACAUCUAUCUCCUACACGAAUAUUUUGUUCAGCCCUACUCGUACCCACAAUUUCAACAAUUAUAGGCAAAAUUUUCUUUCGUUCAAUCAAAAAUAACCUUCAUAGAACGAUUUUAGGCGGUCUCACAUACAUAACGUUAAAGGGUGCUCUUAAAAUAUAUCACAAACAGAUGUUAUACAUUCGCCAAUCCAGUAGAAAAAUCUUAGAUUACACAGAGUCAAAUUUAAAGUUAUAUAGAAGUUCGAAUCAAGGACAAUCCGAUUCUGUUGCGAGAGACGAUUCGGAACAAGUAGUCUGAGUAUCUUUGGGUUUGGCAGAUGGGCAACUGUCAAAGUGACAUUUAAAAGACGAUCUAGGAAAUGUGUCGUUUGUCUGAGCGGGAAGUUGUCACUUGUACAUAAUGCCGGUGAAAGAUAACAUUUUUUGAGUUACGCUUUACAUUUAUUUGUUAUUGAUUGUUAUUUGAAUGAAAUAAGCAGCAGUAAACUGUUACAAUAUAAUAACUGCAACUCUAAAAAACUAAACACUAAUACAAAACUUACUUUCUUCUUUUAUUAUCUUAAAGCGCAUAGCGAAAAAGGUUUUGUGUAAAAAUGUUUAUUUUCUAUCCAGAGUAAAUUUUGUAAAUAUUUUUAAAUCUGGCAAUAACGUCUUAUGUCCGCUUUGAAGUUGUCUAACGGGCGUGUGAUAUUUGAUUAACUUUAUAAUUCAAACUUUAGCUGUAAACAGAUAAAAGCUUUUUCAUGAGAAAUUAAAAAUCAUAUCCAAGGUCAAAAUAUUAAAAUCACGAACUUAAUCCUCGUAUCUGUUAAGUAAUGUAGACGAGACCGUGCGUUUGAUUG